AGCGAACACAGUCCGAACUAAAUUGCGCAUGCGUAUUACGAUUUAUAACAAGGAAGCGCAGUCACAGAUUGAAGGUAACGUUUCUAAGUGCUGCCGCUCAUUUGUUUGGCCUCGAGCUUUGUGAUGGCAGUGGACUGGAUUGGAUUUGGCUAUGCUGCAGCCAUUGCCAUUGGAGGAUUUAUUGGAUACAAGAGAAAAGGCAGCGUGAUGUCCCUGAUGGCUGGUUUAGUUUUUGGUUGGUUCUCUGCUUAUGGUGCAUACAACAUCUCUAAUGACCCAAAAGACAUCAAGGUCUUAUUGCUUACCUCGGGAGUCCUCUCAUUCGUGAUGGGAACGAGAUACAAGAAAUCUGGAAAAUUCCUGCCUGCUGGCCUUAUGUCAGGGCUAAGUUUGUUGAUGGUGUUCCGACUGUUACUACUCCUCAUGGUGUGACUGGAGGAAUAACAAUGUCCAGACUGAGGGCUCUCGUCUCUCGGUAAACCAGCCUUGUUUUAAAGGAAACAGCAUUCCCAGUUACCGUACAAGAACAAGCCCUCUCUUUUGUAUGGGAACUUAACUUUCAUGUGACCAGAAACUUUGCAAAAGCUACCAGUGGGUGUUUAACAGAUUAAAGAUUAACGUCUAAUCUUAUUGCAGUAAAUCUGUUCUUUAAUACAUAAAACUGUUUUUGAUUUUGUAUAUAAGCACGUGCAUGAAUGUCAAUCUCAUGAUUUGAGAUUAACAAUUAAUUAUGUACGUGAGCUUUGUGGUGCAAUUGUUUGUGUUGGCAGGGCGUUUACCGUAUACACUACAUCUUCAGUUCUGCAGGUUGCUACUAUCAACGUUAGUAAUCGUAAAUAUUCAAAUUACAAAAAAAAAGGCCAAGUUUAAAGAACAAAAUGUGUAUUAUUGUCUGUUGACAUGCUACUGUAUGUUACCUUUAAAAAUGAAGUAAAUGUUUGAUUUUUGUAAUAAUAGCAAAACUAAAUAAACAAAUAUGAUCCUUAAA